GCGGCCCCCGCCCCUGGAAACGCUUUGCUCGCGGCGCUAUCUGCUCUAUAAAGUUGUUGUUGCGGCUUCCGCCGCGGGUAGAGGAAGAUGGCGUCGGGCGGUGGUGGCUGUAGCGCCUCUGAGAGACUCCCUCCACCCUUCCCCGGCCUGGAAUCAGAGUCCGAAGGGGUCGCCGGAGGGUCAGAACCCGAAGCUGGGGACAGCGACACCGAGGGGGAAGACAUUUUCACCGGUGCCGCUACGGCUAAUAAGCCACAGUCUCCAAAGAGAAUUGCAUCCAUUCUUCCCAUCAACAAUGGCUCCAAAGAAAAUGGGCUUCACGAGGAACAAGACCAAGAACCACAAGAUCUCUUUGCAGAUGCCACAGUGGAGCUAUCCCUGGACAGCACACAGAAUAAUCAGAAGAAGGGGCCAGCCAAGAUGCUCAUCUCACCUCCCCCUCAGGAAGCCAUGAAUUCUCCUAAGCCCCAACCAAGCUAUGAGGAGCUAGAGGAAGAAGAACAGGAGGACCAGUUUGAUUUGACAGUCGGUAUCACGGAUCCCGAGAAGAUAGGGGACGGGAUGAAUGCCUACGUUGCCUACAAAGUUACAACACAGACCAGCUUACCAAUAUUCAGAAGUAAACAGUUUUCAGUGAAAAGAAGAUUUAGUGACUUUCUGGGUCUUUAUGAAAAGCUGUCAGAGAAACACUCUCAGAAUGGCGUCAUUGUGCCUCCUCCACCAGAGAAGAGCCUGAUAGGCAUGACAAAAGUGAAAGUGGGAAAGGAAGAUUCUUCAUCGGCAGAAUUUUUGGAAAAAAGAAGGGCCGCCUUGGAACGGUACCUUCAGAGGAUUGUGAACCAUCCUACCAUGUUACAGGAUCCUGAUGUCAGGGAAUUUUUGGAAAAAGAAGAGCUGCCACGUGCCUUGGGUACACAGACCUUGAGUGGGGCUGGCCUCCUCAAGAUGUUUAACAGAGCCACAGAUGCGGUCAGCAAGAUGACCAUCAAGAUGAACGAGUCCGACUUCUGGUUUGAGGAGAAGCUCCAGGAGAUAGAGUGUGAGGAGCAGCGCUUACGGAAACUGCAUGCUGUUGUAGAAACCCUAGUCAACCACAGGAAAGAGCUAGCUCUGAACACAGCCCAGUUCGCCAAGAGCCUGGCCAUGCUCGGGAGCUCCGAGGACAACACGGCGCUGUCGCGGGCGCUCUCCCAGCUGGCAGAGGUGGAGGAAAAGAUCGAGCAGCUCCACCAGGAACAGGCCAACAGUGACUUCUUCCUCCUGGCCGAGCUCCUCAGUGAUUACAUCCGCCUCCUGGCCGUCGUCCGUGCUGCCUUUGACCAUCGCAUGAGGACGUGGCAGCGCUGGCAGGACGCUCAGGCCACACUGCAGAAGAAGCGGGAGGCAGAGGCCCGACUGCUGUGGGCCAACAAGCCAGACAAGCUGCAGCAGGCCAAGGAGGAGAUCACCGAGUGGGAGUCACGCGUGACUCAGUACGAAAGGGACUUUGAGAGGAUCUCAGCAGUGGUCCGGAAAGAAGUGAUCCGUUUUGAGAAAGAGAAAUCCAAGGACUUCAAAAACCACGUGAUCAAGUACCUGGAGACACUCCUGUACUCACAGCAGCAGCUGGCAAAGUACUGGGAAGCCUUCCUUCCUGAAGCCAAGGCUAUCUCCUAAGGGACCAAGGACCCCAGAGCCACCUGCGUGAUGCUGCCUUUUUCUACACUGUCCUCCUCCACCGCGAUGGCCCCCAGUGAUGCAUCCUGUUCAGACCGGACUUUCCCCUCUGCUCACCCUUCAACCACACCUUCCUUCCCUCCCCUGUUUACUCUAACCAUAAUUUCAUUUAGCUUCUAUAUAUAUUUUCUUACCUAAGAGAAUAGUUUCCUGCUUUAAGCAAAAGACCUACAGUAGGUGGUGGAAAUACGGGAUGGGGUGGAAUAUUGAUAUAAAUAUAUAAAUACAAAUGUAUAUUUUUCAGGAUGUGGCUUAGGAACUGGGAAUAACGUUUUCUGUUACUCCUGAUGGUGCCAUGAAAAGAUUAUGUAAUAAAAUAUUUUAAA